CCCCGGACAAUCAAUCUCACCUCAAAAUUCUUCUUCCCUCCCUCGGUGUGGUAUGCAUUCUGCAUCUUCCAUCGCAUUGUCGCCUUCCUCCCCCCUCUCUCCCCCUGGCUCUUGUGUCACCUUGUGACCCUUUGCCAAUCAAGCACGCACGCGGGUCAUACGAAACAGGCGCCGACAUCUCUUUUGGCAUUUGCCCAGAUUGUUCGAUCGACACAGCAGCUUAUCAGCAAGGACAGACACACAAUCUUUCCGUUAUGGCGACGACUGACCAAGCUGCGGCCACCCAUGAGGCCCCGGCUCACCUGGAGGCAGACGUGCAUGAAGCGAGGAGUGAUACGGACUCCCUGUUCGAUGAUGGAAGUGGCCAGUCCGACACGACGUCGCUCGCUUCAUCUAUCGCCCGAUAUCGCCAUGAGAACGGCCGGCGGUAUCAUGCUUUCAAGGAUGGAUCUUACAACUUUCCGAACGAUGAGGUAGAACAAGAGCGUCUAGAUCUGCAGCAUAAUCUCUUAUGCAUGACGUUCGACGGGAAGCUGCACAUCUCACCGGCCGGGAAAGAUAAGCCCCUGCAUCGGGUGCUUGAUGUCGGCACAGGCACCGGGAUUUGGGCCAUGGACUUUGCUGAUGAACACCCUGAAGCUGCGGUCCUCGGCGUCGACCUCUCUCCUAUCCAGCCGACCUACGUCCCCCCGAAUGUCAUCUUCCUCGUCGACGACGUCGAAGAGCCCUGGGCCUACGAGACCAAGUUCGACUUUGUCUACACACGCAUGAUGACCGGUUCCCUCGCCAACUGGUCACGAUUCACGCAGCAGGCCUAUGAAAACAUGAACCCAGGAGGAUGGAUCGAGUUUGUCGACAUUGCUUAUGUUACCUCCGACGACGACACUCUCCCCAAGGACUGUCCCCUUCAGAAAUGGACGGAUCUGACGGCGGAAGCGGCCGCGAAGAUUGGCCGGCCCAUGGAUGCCGUCAAGUCGCACAAGAAGAAUCUUCUGGAUGCGGGGUUUACGAACAUUAAUGAUGUUAUUUACAAGUGGCCGACGAACCGGUGGCCCAAGGAUGCCAAGUACAAGGAACUGGGCAUGUGGGCAAACGAAAACAUGGGCGGAGGCCUGCAGGCCAUCACUCUCGCCCUCUUCACCCGAGUCCUCGGCUGGUUGCCUGAGGAGGUUGAAGUGUUCACGGCUGAGGUCCGGAGGGAUAUGCGCAACCCCCGGUAUCACGCGUACUGGCCCAUCAUUGUCACGUAUGCGCAGAAGCCAGUUGCUGCCGCUUCUACUUAGGUGCAUCAAUGGUAUAGCAGGAGGAAAGAAAUCUCGAGGCCCUCAUUUGACUGUUGAUGGUGAAAGUGUCAAGUUUGAAAGUUGGAGUGCCUUGGCCGGAGUUUUUCCCCUUUGCUUUACUCUUACUUUUUCUUCUUCUUAUUCUUCCUUGGUCAAGCGGCAUUUGAUUGCAUAAGGUCUUCGCCACAUGAGUAUAUGAUCGUUAUGAUAGUUGUUCUACACCGACGAUGCGUGACUGAAUGGGGUUCAGGUUGUCUCUGCCCGGACAGAUCAGGUAUUUUGCACCACAUAUUCACACUUAUGGCGGGCAGUCCAGUUUACACUUUAUGACUUCUUACUUCUAGUACCUGCGGUGAAAUAUAUAUAGGUGGUUAGAAUUAUCACGGGGGGUAGGGGGGGGAGGAUAUAAUACCCCCUGACUGACGAUAACCCCUGAACAAUGAGAUCACAGGCG